GGAAGCGGUUUCCCUGCGCAGCGAGGCUCGCUCGCAGGCAGCCGCAGCGGCUCGCCGCGAGAGACCGAGCCCGCGCGGGAGCCGCCGCAGCUCCGGGGCGGGGGGUGGUGGUGGUGGCGGCGGCUCGCAGCCGCCGUGCGCUGUGCCAUGCCGAAGAGAAAGGUGACGGCGGCAGAGGCGGAGGCCGGUGAGGAGCCGAAGAGGAGAUCCGCGCGGCUCUCCGCGAAACCUGCUCCUGCCAAAGCAGAACAGAAACCAAAAAAGUCAACAGUGAAGGAUAAAUCUGAGGACAAGAAAGCUCAAUCAAAAGGGAAAAAGGGGCCUAAAGGAAAACAGACAGAAGAGACAAACCAAGAACAGACAAAAGACAACUUGCCUGCAGAAAAUGGAGAAACGAAAAGUGAAGAGAUCCCAGCAUCUGACGCAGCAGUAGAGAAAGAAGCUAAGUCUGAAUAACAUCUUGUACCAGCUCUUUAAUUGGUGGUCCUUAUAUCUUUCUUGUACAAUUCAGAGGAUUAUUUUUAUCAACUAUUUUGUAAAUGCAAGUUUUUUAGUAGUUCUAGAAAACACAUUUUUAAAAAGGAAAAAAAAAAGAAUCCCAACUAAACCCAUUUUUUUAUAUUUAGAUAAUUGUAAAUGCUUUUUUAAAGUGGUAAAAUCAUGUACUGGUUGUCUGUUUUCUAUGAAACCAGAAAUCAAAGGAAUGUUGACGGCUUCGAAGGCUUGAUUAGACUUCACGUUCCAUAGAGUGAGGGACAGUUUUUCUAUCCUAUUAAAUGAAGCAUAACAGAUCAAACUUUGGAAUUCAUGAUGUGUUUAAAACGUUUUAACAUUGUAGUUAUUUAUCUAUGAUUGUACCAUCAGUAGAAUUGCUUACCUAAUAAAACUGCUCCCUAGUGUUGGA